AUGGUCUUUGUUUCUGUACAGGUCUUUGGCUCUAUUACAUCACAAGAUGUGUCUGCUUCUGCUCCAUCAACUCAAGAAGCUCCACCACCUCCAGUGCUAGUGCAACCUGAUUCAAGGGCAAAAAAACAAGCUCCACCACCUGCCACUGGAAAAGCCAAAAAACAACCAACACCAUCUCAGCCUGCUGCAGCUGCCAUAGCUACAAAUCAAGCACCACAACCUCCACCAUCUCCAGCUGCAGCUGCCAGAGCUAGACAUCAAGCACCACCACCACCUCCAGCAUCUCCAGCUGCAGCUGCCAGAGCUAGACAUCAAGCACCACAACCACCUCCAGCAUCUCCAGCUGCAGCUGCCAGAGCUAGACAUCAAGCACCACAACCACCUCCACCAUCUCCAGCUGCAGCUGCUAGGGCAAGACAUGAAGGAGAACCUGCUGCUAGAUCUGCAUCACAACCAAAGAAACCUGCUGUCCAGCCCUCAAAGCCUGCUGCUCAGCCCACCAAAAAGCCUGCUACUAAGCCCUCCAAGCCUGCUGCUCAGCCCUCAAAGCCUGCAACACAACCCAAGAAACCUGUUGUUGCUGCUCCUAAUCAAAGGGGAAAAAAGAGAGGGCCAGACAAUGAGAUUGGUCAUUGGAUUCCAGGAGACCAAGGAAAGAAGAGAGUUAUCAAAAGGAGAAGAUGGAUCUGA